AUGAGUAAUAAUUAUAACAAUUCAGAAACAAGUUCAAAAUUAAAUGAUGAUAAUAUUCAACAAAUUUCAACAAAUGAAAAUUCAGAAAAAUCUCAAGAUAAUAGUUCACAAACAAAAACUGAAGAAAGUUUAAUAAAUAAAGAUGAUGAAAGUCUUGAAGAAGCAAUAAAGAAAAGAUUAGCUAAUAAAAAUUGGAAAGAUUAUAUAUUAAUCACAUUUUUAUGUUUUUUAAUUGCAUUUGGAGGAUUUGUAUUUGGUUAUGAUACUGGUACAAUUUCUGGAUUUGUUAAUAUGACUGAUUUUAUAAAUAGAUUUGGACAAGUAGGUGAUAAUGGAGAAUAUUAUUUAAGUGAAAUUAGAAUUGGAAUUAUUAUAUCAGUUUUUAAUAUUGGUUGUUGUAUUGGUGGAUUAAUUUUCUCGAAAAUUGCUGAUAUUUAUGGUAGAAGAAUUGGUUUAAUGUUUUCAAUGGUUAUUUAUGUUAUUGGUAUAAUUGUUCAAAUUUCUGCAAAUUCUGCUUGGUAUCAAAUUAUGAUUGGUAGAAUUAUUACUGGAUUAAGUGUUGGUACAGUUUCUGUUAUUGCACCAAUGUUUAUAUCUGAAUCAUCACCAAAAGUUUUAAGAGGUACAUUAGUUUGUUGUUUUCAAUUAUGUAUAACUUUAGGUAUAUUUAUUGGAUAUUGUUGUACUUAUGGAACAAAACAAUUAGAAAAUUCAUCAGCACAAUGGAGAAUUCCUUUGGGAUUAUGUUUUGCAUGGGCAAUUUUCUUAGUCAUUGGAAUGAUUUUUAUGCCUGAAUCACCAAGAUAUUUAGUUGAAAAAAAAAGGAUAGAUGAAGCAAAAAUUUCAAUAGCAAAAUCAAAUAAUUUAAAACCAGAUGAUCCUAUAGUUAAUUCUGAAUUAAUUUUAAUUCAAGCUGGUAUAGAUAGAGAAGAGCUUGCAGGAAAUGCUUCUUGGAAAGAAUUAAUCACUGGAAAACCUGGAAUUUUUAAAAGAUUAAUUAUUGGAACUGUUUUAGCUUCAUUACAACAAUUAACUGGUAAUAAUUAUUUUUUUUAUUUUGCAACAACUAUAUUUAAAUCAGUGGGGUUGGAAGAUUCUUUUCAAACUUCAAUGAUUUUAGGAGCAGUUAAUUUUUUAUCAACAUUUGUUAAUAUUUGGGCAAUUGAAAGAUUUGGUAGAAGACAAUGUUUAUUAGCUGGAUCAAGUGGAAUGUUUAUUUGUUUUAUUAUUUAUUCAGUUUUAGGUUCAACUAAUUUAUAUGAUGAUCCAAAUAAUUUUCAAAAUUCAGUUACUCAUUUACCAACUGGAAAAGCAAUGAUAUUUAUAACUUGUUUAUAUAUUUUCUUUUUUGCAUCAACUUGGGCAGGAGGUGUUUAUGCAAUAUUAUCAGAAACUUAUCCAUUAAGAGUUAGAUCAAAAGCAAUGUCAGUUGCAAUUGGUUCAAAUUGGAUUUGGGGUUUUUUAAUUUCAUUUUUUUCUUCAUUUAUUAUUAAUUCAAUUCAUUUUUAUUAUGGAUUUGUAUUUACUGGUUGUAUUGCAAUUUCAAUUAUAUUUGUUUAUUAUUGUAUUAUGGAAACAAAAGGUUUAAGUUUAGAAGAAAUUGAUGAAAUGUGGGCUGCUAAAGUUGUACCUUGGAAAUCUUCAGAAUGGGUUCCACCAUCUGUUUCAAAAAUGGCUCAUUGUCAAAAUUAUGCAAAACCAGAUGUUGUACAUGAUGAAAGAAAUGUUUAA